CGCUGGGCGCGGCCGGGGGCGGCGGGCGGGAAGUGAUGCGCUCCGCCGGCUUCCGCCAGCGGCCCGGCCGCGGCCAUGGCGGGGUAUUUGACUCCGCGCUUCAGGAGGAUCCGCAGCCAGAGCGAGUUGCGGCCGCGGCGGGGGAGCGGGCGGCGCCGAGACUGCGAUGGUCCUUUUCAAGCAACUCAGCUGUGGAAUAGUAUUAUACAUGCCCUUCACAAUCAAGUGGAAAUCAAAAGACGUAGACAGCACCUGAAAACAUACAGAAACUGUUUCACCGGCUCCAAUGCUGUUGAUGUGGUACUGAGCCAUCUUAUGCAAAGCAUGUACCUAAGCUGCAGUGAUAUUUCUCGGAUGAAGGGGGUCCGUGUAUGCCAAGCAUUGAUGGAUCACAAAGUGUUUGAGCCAGUUGGAGCUAAGCUUUACUUAUUCAAGAAUGGGAAAGAAACAGAGUUUGAAGACACAGACACUAGCCUCUAUAGAUUUGUAAAUAGCAGUCUUGAUCCUCUUCCAAGAAAGAGUAAGGACAAUGAAAGCUUGUCUCCUGAGCAAAUCUGCAAACAGAAAAUGAAAAGAUAUUCCAAAACAAAGUGUGACACAACACUUUCAAACCCCUUGGCAUUGGAAGCAGCUGAUAAAAAGAGGGUUGAGGAGCUUCUUCAAUCAAUAUAUGUUCAUGCCUCUUUACCUCCAAAGAUCAUGGUUAAUGAACCAACUCGCCUGCUCUCAAAAGGAGUAAUAGAAGAUGUCUGGAAACAGCAAACUCUGCUACGACUGCUUCAGUUAAUUGAUGUUCCCCUUCUAGAAGAUAUCUUGGCAUCUUCAGUGAAGACAAAAUCAGACAGUUUUGGCAAAGAAGACGACAUGAUUAUCUCAAAUACUUUCCUGGACAGAGAGAUUAUGUGUAGCUUAAACUUGCCUGAGCUUGACAGUUGGCUCUUUGCUGCAAUUGAAUGCUUGGAGUAUUUUCCUGACGAAUUCCUAGUGAUGGUUAGUCAGCAGUUAUCUCAAAGCACUAACGACCCCAGCAGUCUGAAUACAUACAAGAAGAUUAUUUUUGAUGUUAUAAUUAAAUAUUACAGUCAAAAAAAGGACUCUCUUCUUGCCACUCAGGAUUUUGAUAUUCAUUCAGGAAUUAUAGAACUUAUAGAAAAAGGAAAAACAGAUCAAGCUCUAGAGGCAUUACAACUUUAUCUUAAAUUAUUAGCACCGAAUAUUAGUGAAGAACUUCACAGACUCCUCACAUUCCUAGCCAUUGCGUCAGAAUCUGAGGGCUACAGAUUGCAAAAACAAUUUGAGAACAGAUUUGUGAUCAUCAAGACUUGUACAAAGUUCAUCUUACAAAACAGGACACUGUCAAAACCACAGGCAGAACUGCUGACUCAGUUUCUGAUGGACAAUCACUCCGAGCUCUUUAAGGCUCCUUUAACUCUUCUGGAACUAACGAGUAGGAGACUUCAGAGUUUGAUAGAAGGGCAAGAUCCAGAUAUCAAUUCAGGCUUCACCUUCUGUCAACGCAUUACAACUAAAGAAUAUGAAGAUCAAAAGCAACAAACCAAUCAGUAUCUUCUAGCACUGAUUCAAGAGAUGGACAAUGACCCUACUGUUCCUUUGAAGCAAAAGAAGAAAUUAAUCAAAGAAUUCCGAAAAUAUCAUUCUUUUGUCUACUGUAGUGGCUGUAAAACUACAUGUGCAUUUUGUACUCCAAAUGGUUAGACUUCAAUACAGCUUUUUUUAAUCUUUUUUUAAAAGAGUGGAGGAGGCACAUGAAAAUUGCUCAUAAAAAAAUGUUCUUCUCUUACAUCUUUACAUCUUCAGCUUCAGGAAGCUACAACUAUCAAAAUUACUAUGCUACUAAAAAGCAUUAACUCUAAUUAAUCUUUUAAGCAAAAUAUACUUAAUUAUUUGUAAGUAAGUAAUAACAGCACACUGCUUGGGCUGCCUUGAGUUCAAGGUUUGGCACUUUCUUCCAUCUGUCCCACAGCCCCAUGGCUUUCUAUCUGAGCCACAUCCAAGUUUUGAGCUGUGCUUGGGUUAAUAAGUCAGUAGGGGUUUUUACUCUUUUCUGUCUUUAAUUAAUAAUAACUUCAUCGCAUCUUAAACUGUGGGUUAUGACUCCUGUGGGUAUUGUAAAAGUGUACAAAGUGUGUAAAAAAUGUUGGAAGUAGGUCAGUGGGUUUUGAAUCUGCAGCAGGAAUGCUUUAUUAGGCAGGGGAGCUGUGUGUGCUUGCAGUCAGUAAUUACCUGUUGUUACUGCCUCCCUACUCUGGCAGACUGAGCUGCUGCUAAUUGAAGUAAAAAGUUAUGUUUUGAAGAAACCUGAGAUACAAUUACCUUGAUUUAGAUCUUAGUAUACUUAAGUAAUUUAUUUUAAUAUGAGGCUAUUUUGAUAAUGUUGUUAUUUAUCAUAAAUACUUUGGUAAUGUUUAUGAAUUCAUAGGGCAAAGCUAGAAAGUAUAUUGGCCUGUCUUGACAUAUUGAUGGUUAACUGUAAAUCAACAAGGAAGUGUUGAUUUAAAUCAUUAAAUCAUGGCAUCAUAGAAUGGUUUGGGUUGGAAUGAAUCUUAAAGAUCAUCUAUUACCACACCCCCUGCAAUGGGCAGGGACACAUUUUACUAGACCAGGUUGCUCACAGCCCCAUCCAACCUGGCCUUGAACACUUCCAGGGAUGGGAGGCAUCCACAACUCCUCUGAGCAACAUGUUCCAUUGCCUCACCAUCUUCACAGGGAAUAAUUUUUUCCUAAUAUUGAAUCUAAACCUGUUCUCUUUCAGUUUGAAGCUGUUCCCCCUUGUCUUGUCACUACAGUAUGCCCUUGUGAAAAGUGCCUCUCCAGAUCUCUAUGUAGGCUCCUUUAAGGUACAGGAAGGCAACAGUUAGGUCACCCCAAAGCCUUCUCUUUCCUAGGCUGAACAAUCCCAAUUGUGUCAGCCUCUUUUUAUAAUAUGUGAUAGGGCUUACAUUACUUCAUCCUUGCAACAGACCUUUAGUCAUGUAUUGGACAAAGCCUCAAAGACUUGAUAUUGGAAGGGACCUCUGGUCUUGUCUCACCACUCAGGUUGGAGUUGAUUAGUGCAGACUGCUCAAGGACUUUCUCAGUUGAGUUUAGAGUAGCUUCAAAUACAUAUAUGCCACAGUCUAUUGGAUGAGUCUGAGACUGGUGAAAGUCUAGACCACAGUAUUUAAAAACAGGCAAACAAACCCUACCUUCACACAAAAAAGAAAAAAACCCCAAAACAACCAAGAUAAACUGCCUUAUGCUUAGGCAGAAUUUCUUGCACUGCCUCCUGUCCUUUCACUGGCACUGCUGAAUUGUCUGGCUCAGUCUUCUUCACUCCCUCCCGUGAGCAUUCUCAUCAAAGCACUCUCAGCCUCUUCCCUGUGUGACAGAUCCUCUACUUCCUUACCAUUUUCUGGACUAGCUCCACUAUAAGCAUGAAUUUUUUUUAGGGUUUUUUUUUUUUCUGUGAAUGUGCUACUUUAGGUAUCUCCAUCCUCCUGUAGGCUUCAAACAUAGUCAAGUCAGCAGGAUACCAAAGCUUUCUUAAAACAAGUGCUGAUUUGUUUUUAAAUUGACAUAGUUAUACUGUAAGAUAUAAACAGCACAACUUCUUACCUGUAUACUUCGUUAACUUGCAUAUUUGAAAUAGCCUUAUUUAAAUUACUUGUCCCUAUUAAAAAUCAGGGAAUUUAGUUGAAAUCUCUGUCCAUGAAUCCCUGUUUAUGCACUUGCUAUUUAACUAUGACUCACCAGUGUGAAAUAAAUAAUUUCUAGAGGAGGGAAAACAUCCAAGUUUCCCCUUUCAGAGGUGAAUGCCAUAAAUCCUAUUGUACAGGGCCAUAUAUUCUUUUUCUAGCCCUAUGGGGGGUUUUGGUCAUUCUCCCAGAAGAGGGAGCAUAUACAGAAGCAGGUUAUUGAGACUAGUAAACAGGGAAGUAUUUCCUAAGUGCUUCUGGUGUUGAGUAGUAGAAGAAAAAUAUUUUAGUUGUUUGUUUUUUUUCCUAAUCUCUCUCUCUGUCUGCAGUCCCUUUACUGUGUAUUUACUAAACCUAGUAACAGGGAGGGAUGAUAAUGUGGUGAUUUGUAGGCUGGGUGGGCUGGGAAUU